ACGAAAGCUGAUAAGAAGAAGAUAACACUACACUGCGCUCUUAUCUCUGCUCGGAACUGAAAUCAGCUUUUGGCAAUGGCUUCAUCAACAGCUUUGUCUCUCUCAUGGAGCUCCUCGCCUUGUUGGGGUCACAGCUUCAGUAACGUCGCAAAUGAAACCCUAAAAGUAUCAGAGCGUAGGUUCAAUUUUGAAGUUGUUUCCCAGAAGAAAGCAAAGAAACUUCGAACGGUGGUCUUGAAAGAGGACGUGACAGACUUGGGAAAGCAAGGGCAAUUACUGGACGUGAAAGCCGGAUUUUUCAGAAACUUUCUUUUGCCCACUGGAAAGGCUCAGCUUAUGACUCCACUUCUGCUCAAGGAAUUGAAGAUGGAAGACGAACGGAUAGAGGCAGAAAAGCAAAGGGUGAAAGAAGAGGCGCAACAACUAGCCAUGGUAUUUCAAACCGUUGGGGCGUUCAAGAUUAAACGUAAAGGCGGUAAAGGAAAACUGAUAUUUGGAUCUGUCACAGCACAGGACCUCGUUGACAUCAUCAAAUCACAGCUUCAAAGGGACAUAGACAAACGCCUUGUCUCUCUCCCAGAAAUCCGUGAAACCGGAGAGUACAUUGCGGAACUCAAACUUCACCCAGAUGUCACUGCUCGAGUUAAGAUCAAUGUUGUCGCCAACUAAACCUUCAAUGAUUCAAGACUCCUACUGCAUGCCAAGGUUGCAGGAACAUAGAGAAAGGGAAAAGAGAGAGGCCAGUUUGUGAAGUUUUAAGUUUUUCUUGUAGAUCUUUGCUGCAUUUUGUAUUUUUGCUAUAUUCUAAGUUAAUUUUGGAAUCUGAAUAUUAACUAUGAUCUUCAAAUUAUUAUAUUUCCUUGAAAUUAUAUUGUAUUCAUUUGUCUGUUAAA